AUGUCAACCCCAUCUCAAGAAGUAGGAACCCCGAUUCCCGCAAACACAGCACAUGCCAUCUCGGUAACGCUUCCAACUUGGAAGGCUACUGUUGGCUACGAGGAGGGCCAUGAUUGGGUGGUCCAGAAAAUGAAUCUGGGCUAUCCGAGAUUCUUCAUCCAUAGUAUUGUCCAGGAUUUGGCGAAAAGAAUCGAAACGAAAUAUGGCCGUCAGGGCGAACGAUGUAUGGUCUUCCCCCUGUACAAAGUAGCCAAGAGAUGUAGAGAAUUCAUCAAGGAGAAGUCGGAAGAUAAGACCGCUGCCAGAAGAGUCUUGAAGUUGACCACUCCUGCUCCCGUCAGUGACGCUGACCUGUCCAGUAUCAUUGAAUGUACCAUUGCUUGCGUGAUCUUCCCAUUGGCCGAUUUCGCCAUCGCCAAACAAUACUGGCAGCACUCGGGCGAAGGCAUCUCGUCAAGAAUGGCAGAGUAUGUGGUGAAAGAACUCUUCGAGAAAGAGGGGAAAGACCCUUCCCGUGUUCACAGCAGACACAAGCAAGAACUCCAGGCACAGCAGAUCCAGCGGAAAUCGCCAUCCAUCUCGGCCACCAUCCGUUCCAAUUCCCUUUCCCAAAACGAGGGCGUAGACUUGGAAUUCAACUCCUUCAUUGAACAGAAGUAUGGACGUGUGCUCGACUUGAAGUUUGCAAAACACGCAAAGAUCGCAUUGCGCAGAAGAAUCAGUGGAAACGCUGGACAUGCAUCUGACUUGAAGAAUAACUCAGACACCGAGCCGCUCAAGAAGAGAGGUGAACACAUUUCAGAGGAUGACGUUUACUUGUAUCCUACAGGUAUGGCCUCCAUCUUCAACGCCCACCAGGCUCUUCUCAACAUCUUCGAACCUGCCAAAAAGUCCGUGUGCUACGGCUUUCCAUACGUUGACACACUCAAUAUUCUCCGAAAAUUUGGACCAGGCUGCAUUUUCUAUGGGCACGGUGACGAUGAAUCUCUUGACGAAUUGGAGGAGGGAUUGCUGACCGGAGAAAUCGAUAUUAUGGGUCUUUUCUGCGAGUGUCCUUCUAAUCCUUUGCUCAAAACACCCAACUUGCCCAGAAUCAGAGAGUUGGCCGACAAAUAUGGCUUCGCGGUCGUCGUAGAUGAGACUGUUGGUAAUUUCUUGAAUAUUUCUGUUUUUCCAUAUGCCGAUGUUGUGGUCUCAUCACUUACCAAAAUUUUCUCCGGCGACUCCAAUGUCAUGGGUGGCUCCUUAAUAUUGAACUCGUCCUUGCCACUUUAUGAGAAACUUAAAGAAUACUUCACUUCUAAUUAUGAGGACAAUUACUGGGCAGAAGAUGCUUUGUACUUAGAGAGGAACUCAAGAGAUUUUGAGACAAGAUCUAUGAAAGUGAACAAAACGUCCUUGGCUGUUGUUGAUUUGUUCAACAAGUCACCUUUAAUUUCGCAUGUCUUUUAUCCAAGUCUUUCAGAGUCCAAAAAGUACUAUGAUGCUAUCAAAACCAGCUCUGGCGGGUAUGGAGGUUUGAUCUCCAUCUUAUUUGGGGAACCAUCAGACGCAAUCACAUUCUUUGAUGCUAUCAAUUUGCACAAGGGGCCAUCCUUGGGCACCAAUUUCACUUUAGCAUGCCCCUACACUAUCUUAGCGCAUUACACAGAACUAGAGGAGGUGGCCGAGUGGGGUGUUGACAAAAAUUUGAUCAGAAUUAGCAUUGGUUUAGAAGAUGAAGAGGAACUACUCGAAACGUUGAAGAAGAGUUUAGAGGGUUGUGGCAAGGUCUAA